CGAUAACUUAUUAUUUAUAUUCACGAUCCUUCACACACAUGUCAAUGCUCGCAAAACAACUGUCAAAUAUCUGAACCGAAGCGUUCUUGGCAUGCUACUUCAGACGUGCAGAAAUAUACAACGCAACUGUACUCAUCACUGUUCUCACGCGUGCCAACUGUGAGUGACGUCGAUCAGCUGAUAGCUGCGCGUCGUAAAACAAGAUGGAUGCGCGCAGAGUUGUAACGUUAUGAUACUAAUAGUUCAUUUAUCACGUUCGUUUAGCCUCCAGUCAGCUCCAAUUUGUAUACAAGAACGACAUACAUGCUCGGAAAUAUAUGGUUAGAUUAUAUCUGUAGGAAGGUAAUGCUGGAAUGAAUUCUUUUUACAAAAGCAUUCGACUGACGAGAAGCGUGCAUACUUGCCGCGCGCUGCUGAAGGAGACGCCACAAAACUUGAAAGGCAAGAAACACAGCUCACAGAUAUGGUUAAUGAGACAGUUGCGUGAUCCCUACGUAGAGAAGGCGAAGCAGGAGAAUUAUAGGUGCAGAAGUGCAUUCAAACUUCUGGAAAUCAACGAGAGAUUUAAGAUUCUCAGUCCGGGUCUGACUGUCAUAGACUGCGGAGCGGCGCCUGGCAGUUGGACUCAAGUUGCCACUAAUCUGACUAAUGCACACAGUAAAAAGGAAGGUCCUGUGGGCAAAGUAUAUGGUAUAGACAAACUUCCAUUUUAUCCCAUAGAAGGCGCGACCACUUUGGGAAAUAUGGACUUUACAUCCGCGAAGACGCAGGAAACUUUGUAUAAAUUAUUGCAAGGAGACAAGGUCGAUGUCGUUUUGUCCGACAUGGCUCCAAACGCGUCUGGCGAGAGGCAUAUGGACCACUAUAAUAUAAUGUUACUCGCGUACUCUGCUUUAAAAUUUGCGCUACAGAUCAGUAAAGUGGACGGUACGCUUGUUGUAAAAGUCUGGGAUGGUGACAAAUCGCAGCAGUUUGAGCAAAAUUUAUUGAAAUUUUACAAUAGCGUUAAAAUAGUUAGACCUGACGCAACGAGAAAUGAAUCCACCGAACAAUUCUUUCUGGCUAGAGGAUUUAAAGGUCUCAAGACAAGCUGAUGUAAUUCAUAUCUAUUUUUAUAACUUUUUUGUUCGCUAGGUACAAUAUUUUUAUUAUAGGAUACGAGGAUACUUUUGAGCAGGUUGUGUAAAUAAAAGAGCACAAUAAUUUUGGUAUUAUAGGUACGUGUUUUCUUUUAUAAUUCCUUCCACUCUUUGUUAUCUAACAGGCGGCUUUGCACAACACGACAAAUGCAAUAUACAUCGAUAUAUUUCGCUAUAAAUAAUAUACUAAGAUUUAAUACAGUUACACGAUUAAUACGCAUCAGUUAACGCUUACUCCUUACAUUAUGCUUACAUUAUGCUUUAUGUAUAUACAUUCUUCCAUAAUAAAAUUAAUAUAUACACGAACCGACAUUUAAUAAUACGAGAGACAUUACACACCACAUUGAAACGCACAUAGAGCAGUAGACUUACUGGCCGCACACAAUGUCAAGUAUUAUAAAACUUCUUGUUUCGUUGUUGCGUUCGUAGCGAAACAUGCGUAAAAAUAACUCGAGCUAUGAUUCGAAAAUGUCUCGAUGCUCAUUGCAAAAUCCAAUGUCAGUAACACUCGCUGCAAGAGUCACAGCUUUCCAACUAUGAUGUUACAUGCACGCUAAAAUUGAGGAGUAAAAUUUAUGGGGAAAUUUUAAUGAAUAGAAAUUAAUAAGUAUUAUUAUACUUAAAAAAAUGAAAUUGAUGUAUUUAUUAAGCUACAUGUUUGUUAAUUUGAUCAAUGACACUUCCACUAUACACUUUAAAUUCUUUUAAGAGGAUAAAAUGCAAAUAUUUUCAAGAGUAUUAUUACUAUAUAAUAUUAAAAUUUAAACUUUUAAUUAAUUUUUGAUUACUACAUGCCACAUUAUAGCUAGAAUGCCGAAAUGUUUUAAUAUUGCAACGAUGUUCAUAACGUUUCCAUCGAAGUACAAUCAUUUCACGC